GCCAAACUUUCGAGCUUCAAGUCCUUUGACCUUCGAGUCGUCCAUUCGUUGUUACCAACUAAUACUAUCAUUAAUAAUACACACUCGCCAACUCUCUCAACCACCUCAACCUCCACCAACCAACACUUCCAACUUUACCGUUUCAAGUUCUAAAUACCAUCAAAAUGCGUUACUCAUUCGCCGUCGCUGCCUUCGCUGGCCUUGCCGCCGCCGUUCCCCAAUACGGUGCCUACCCUGCUGCCCCAGCCAGCACUCCCGCUGCCCCGGCUUACCCUGCCUACCCUGCUCAGCCUGCUGAGCCCUCCUCUGCUGCUCCCGCCUACCCUGCCUACCCAGCUGAGCCCUCCACUCCCGCUGCUGAGUACCCCGCCUCCAGCGCUACUCCUGAGGCCUCCAAGCCCGCUGAGUACCCCGCUGGAACUCCUUCCAAGCCAGCCGAGUACCCUGCUGAGACCCCCUCUGCUUCCAAGCCCGCUGAGUACCCAGCUGAGACUCCCUCCAAGCCUGCUGAGUACCCCGUCGAGUCCACCAAGACUCCCGAGGUUCCCGAGCACGCCACCUCUGAGGUUCCCUCUUACCCUGCCUCCUCCAUGACCCCUGAGGUCCCCGAGGCUGAGACCACCUCUUGCUUGAGCUCCACCACCAUCACCGUCACUGUCCCCUACCCCACCGGUACCCCCGUCGUUCCCGGUGCUGGCAAGCCUUCCGGUACCCCCAUGGUCCCUGGUGCUCCCCAGCCUUCCGGUGGUGCUCCUUACCCAUCUGUCCCCGUCGGUGGUGCUCCCUACCCCUCUGUCCCUGCUGGCACUGGUGCUCCUCCCGCUGGCACUGGCAUGCCCACCAAGACCGGUGGCUACGUCAAGCCUUCCACCCCUGCUGAGUUCACUGGUGCUGCCUCUGCUCUCAACGUCGGUGGCUUCGUUGCCGGUGUUGGUGCUUUCGCUGCUUUCUUCUUGUAAAUGUCAUAACAUUCAAUUGAGCGUGUCCACGGGCAAGCUAUGACUUUACAUGAUACAUUGCAUUGGGGAUUGAAAUUCACUGUAAAUAUCCUUGGUGUCGGAAAGGGUAAUUGUAAUUAGUCUGCGGAUGGUGUUGUUGAAAUUGAACUUGAAAAAAAAACCACUUCUCU